GUCUCACUCAAACGCACACCGUUUGAUACGAAUGAAUUUUGUUGUCGAACGCAGUCACUAUAAAUCCCAAACUGCUUGCACAGACACAAAAGAAAUCACAAUCGAAUUUGUAAACGUGAAAAUCAUCGGAAUAAAUUAAAUGCGAACAUUAAAUUUAAUGUUCACUCACUGAAUCAUCUAAAUAUUGUUCAAGUGUAAAAUAAAUCAAAUUGAUUUUCUCUCUAACUAGUGUACGUGAGAACGGAUUGUUUGUUGUGAGAUUUCGUUGAGAAAUAUUGAUUGAAAGUGUGAAAACGACGUGAAAAAUGACGGCCGUGGACGAACGAACCAUUUACGCCAAGCUGGAGGCAAUGAAAGAUAUCCGUGGCAAAACAAUCCAGUUGGAGAAGCUGAAGAUGCGACUCAUUCGUGAGGUGGAAAACGGUGACUCAGAAGAGAAGUGCUUAUCAGAGUACAGACGCGAAAUGGAAUUGCUGUUGCAAGAGAAGAUGAGCCAUGUCGAAGAAUUGCGCCAAAUUCACGCUGAUAUCAAUGCGAUGGAAACAGUGAUCAAACAGGCUGAAGAGAAUCGAAACCGAUCGGUAAACAUUGCAAAUCGUGUUCACGAAGAGUAUUUACCGCUGAAGAACGAAAUCGAUCACAUGCGUCGCGAGUAUUUGGGAUUGAAUCCAUUGCCCGAACUUCACGAGGAGGAAGGUUCUGUCAUAUCAGCUGAUCGCUUCCAGUCGACAUAUUAUCGAUCAAACAAGGGUACCGGCAACACAGGCACAUCGAAUAGUGGCAACAUCGUCAAUACUCACACAACGCCAUCAGCAACAUUUGCUCGUCCAGCACUUUCAGCUCAUCAUGCAACGGUAACCUCGUUGCCACCAACAGCCGCAUCUGGAUUCUUGGCACCGCCUCCGCCGCCAGUCGGAAUGAGGCUGAAUAAACCAGUAGAAAUUGGUGGCACACCGAAUCGAUUGCAGCAAACAUCUUCCAUCGGAAUGGCACAUCCGACGUUCAGGUCUGAUUUUAAUGUCAAUUUGAGGCAACAACCACCUCCAAUGAAGUCAUGUUUGUCGUGCCAUCAGCAGAUCCAUCGAAAUGCACCAAUUUGUCCGUUGUGCAAAGCAAAGAGUCGAUCACGUAAUCCAAAAAAGCCGAAGAAGAAAGACCAUUAAAAUGAUAAGCGUAUUUGUUUGUGUCAAAGGGGGAAACAGGCUUUUCCCAUUUUCGAAUCGCACAAAGUUUUAAGUCAUUAUGUGUCAUGUUUUUUCUUCUCCUUUUUUAUAUACAUAAUACCUAAUUUAACAAUAAUUCGAAAUGGCCAAGGGAAUUGCGCCAAAAAAGAUUCUGUUGGUUUGAUUACAACGAUUUUCUUCGGCUCAAUUUCAUUUUUACACUUCUAGACUAGAAAAAAAAACUAUCUAAGUUAGAAAAAUUCAUUCAUUUUUCAAACACACAAAAAAAAAACAAAAUUUACUUGAGUUUCUCGUCAUCGAGAAGCAAAAGGUAUACAAUUAAGUUGAAUAAAUAAAUGAUUUAAAUAAUCAUAGAGUUGUAAGUGAUGAUGUAUGGUAACGAAAACACCCUGAAGCAGCUCAUUUUAAGCGCUUCGCUUGUGCCACGUGAGGUAGAUACAACGGUCCGCACAUAAUCCCAAAAUGCAGGUGUACACAUACUAUGUUUUAAAUAGCGAAAAUGCUAAUAUCAUAAAACACACACACACACCGAACUGUAAGAACUAAAAGCAAAGACUUCUUUGUAUUAUAUUUAUAUGAAUACAUAUAAUAACUUAGUCUUAGCCAAUAAGAUUUUACAAACUGUGGAAAGUUUCCUCUUCUUUUUUUUCGUUCUUUUGUAGACUGAUAUUUUUUGUAGCCAUAAAACCAGAUUAAGAAUAAAGAAAAAACAAAGCAAAGAAACAAAUUGCCAGAAAAAAACACA